GCACUGAUACGCGAGGAAACUUGGACAAGUGUUCCGGGAAAAGUUGCCCUCGGCUUAACUCUGUUAAAUACAGGGAACUCAGAACUCACAGCAGCAUGCCGUGUCUCGACAUCGGGAGACAUUGGGGCACUGACUGGAUCCACCAGAGAGCUGCCCUAAUUCAAGUGAGAAAAGCAGGUCAUUGAUCAAACGCAUGUUUGUUAGACCAAACGGUGAUGUACCUUUUCAAUAGUCUCAUAACCUUCCUAGUGUAAAGUACGGGGUCACAGAGGAUGUGCAACUCUAUCUCAUGAAAAGCUUUGUUGUUGGCACCCUCACUUUUGAUGAUUCUCACAACUUUCCCGCCUUUCUGCAUAGUAGUAAACACCACAAAGUCCCAAACGCACUGGCGCAGCGGGGAGGUUGCGUUGAGACUCAAUCUAUAAUCUCCCAGAAGACAGUCAGCAAAGCAUAAAGACAACGAGAGAACAAGGACGAGGUUGCAGACUCGGUCAAAGUGAAGGAUAGCUGACGAGAAAGGCAUGACGCUAGGAAAGAUAGACCUUGAAACAUCGAGUGCACAUUGUAAGACGAGAAUGGACAUCGCCUGGGUACAUCUUGUGCUUUGAAAGAUUACAUCUCGAAAUCUCGCAAACUACAGCGGUUCGGCAAUUUGGUCGGAAUGACUUGCAGCUCUUACGCUUCAUUCACUCACCCCUUGGCUACAUAAGGCGAUUCUAUUUUCGCUUUCAAUCUCGCAACAUACCGUCCAACCUUCGCUCAUCGUCGUCCAAGAUGGUUCUCAAGCUCUACGGAUUCCCCAUCUCGACCUGCACCAAGCGUGUCGCCGUCACUCUCAAAGAGCACAAUGUCCCCUAUGAGCUCAUCGUCAUCGAUAUAACCAAGGGCGUGCAGAAAGACCCGUCCUACAAGGAAAUUCAACCCUUUGGUCAGAUCCCCUACAUCGAUGACGAUGGAUUCAUACUCUACGAGUCUCGCGCCAUCUGCCGGUACAUCGCCGCCAAAUACGCUUCCCAGGGCCCACAACCACCCCUCCUUCCCCCAACUGCGGAGAUCUCCAGGUUUGCCAAGUUCGAGCAGGGUGCGAGCAUUGAGAUGUGUGAUUUCGACCCGAGCGCCUCAAAGAUUGUCGGCGAGAAGGUGUUCAAGCCCAUGUUUAAUCAGACGACGGACGAAGAAGUAGUUAAGACACACCUCGUAACGUUGAACGCAAAGCUUGACGCGUACGAGAAUAUACUCAGCAAGCAGAAAUAUAUCGGCGGUGAGGAUCUUACUCUCGCCGACAUCUUCCACCUCCCCUAUGGUCACUUGCUCGGAGUCGCAGGCCACGGCGUUGACACGCUCGCUGAUAGGCCAAAUGUCGCUCGGUGGUGGAAAGACAUAUCGUCUCGCCCGGCGUGGACCGCUGUCCAGGACGGUGCUUGAUAUCGAUCAUCUCUCAUCAGUCACUUGGCCUCGAUCUGUGUAUUCAUCGAAUAUUCAUCUCUUUUAUCGAUAUGUACUCAUACGUACGGACGCUGCAGUCGUGCUUACAUGUCGAUAUGUUCUGUCUUGAGGACCA